AUGUUAUUCUGUCCGUGCUGCGGAAAUAUACUUUUGAUAAAAAGUCAUACACAGGGAGAACAAUCAUUUUAUUGUCAAACUUGCCCAUAUGUAUUUCCUAUCGGUAGUAAAAUAGGUCAACAGAUUUAUAAAAAUCGAACCAUCCUGAAACGGAAAGAAGUUGACGAUGUUUUAGGCGGUGAAGAAGCAUGGAAAAAUGUUGAUUCGACGGAAGCGAGGUGCCCAAAAUGCGAACAUCCAAGAGCAUACUACAUGCAAAUUCAAACUCGUUCAGCCGAUGAACCAAUGUCAAUAUUCUAUAAAUGCUGUAAUCAUGACUGUGGGCACCAAUGGAAUGAGAAGUGA